AUGAAAGGAGAUUCUGCGCCAGCGUUGGUCCGCCAAGAGAUAAGGACGGCACCUACCGAAAGGUCGAUAUGGACGUCUGUGCAGGACGAGACGACCUUCCGACAAGCAGCAGUCGACUUAGCAUUAGCGACGGGUGAAUGUCCCUGGGAUGCACACACCGGCCUACCUCCUUCCCCAGGAGCACCCCGCAUUGACGACUAUGUGCAACUUUCCCCGCCACGGUCUGAGAGCCGAGAUCAAUACAUCUUGUCGGAACAUAUCGAAAACCGACUAGCGAACGAUCUCGCGCUACUCGCCGCAUCGAAAGAGGCAGUAUUCAGCGUCACGGCAGCAUGUAUCGAGGAGCGCGCCGAUGCUAAUGGCCACCUGACAGGACUGAAGCUUUGGCUAGCCGCAAAUGAGGGCGUCAGCGAAGAGCUCAAGGGCAGCUUAGCAGAAAUAUGGCAUUGUCAGUCAGCUUCCACAUCCGAAGGCGAGACGGUGAGCAACGUCUUCGCCAAGAUCGUCCAUCUCAACAGGCUCCGCAUCUACCAACGCGUCCGGAAGGCUGUCGGACACCCACCCAUUUUCCGCGAGAAAGGCAGAACACGGACAAACCCGGAUGAUAAAUUGGCGCGAGCGUUCAUGCGGAUGCCUAAAUCGAGACCACAAGAUAAGUGGAAGCCACCUGCCUUAUGUAACGAGCUUGUCAGGCGUGGGCUUUCGUUGAACGUAAAGUUACUGGCAUUGCUUGAGAGCCUGACCGUCGAUGAGAUUGAGCAAGGCUCCGACCAUGUGGUGCGGCAGCUGGAAACGAUAGCGAGAGAUUGCUUCAAUGUCACUACGGACAAUGGGAGAGUACCGUUCAAGCAUCUGCUGGGUGAAUGCGAGCUCGAUGCUGGGCUGUGGCUGAGAAAUAAGUACAUUGGUGAAGUGGAGAAGACGGGUGCUUACUGGCGCAUGGCAAUGUCAAUAUGCAGAAUACACCGCCAAAUCUCUGGAGCUCGACCAAAGGAUCUACCGCCGGUCAAGCUCGAAAUCGAAGGGGUGCAGCCAUACGUGUCUGUGAUCAACGAACCCUCAAUACAAGGCCGCCCAAUGCCAUGUUAUGUGCAUGCCGAAGUCCAACUUAUCACACACCUCGCACAACAAGAAGCUAGAAGAGAGUUCGAAGUCUCAUCCACACAGAAGGUCAUCACGCGCCGACCGCGGAUCAUAGGCGCUUCAAAGAGCGCUUGCUUCCUCUGUUUCCUAUUCUUGAGUUGUUACGGAGGCCCUGAAACACCUGCUACCCACGGCAGACUACUGCGCACCUACGUCAGACUCUUCAGCGAAUGCAUACUACGAUGGUCAGGCUACGGGGAGAAUACUGUCUGAAGAAGCACAGAGAUCACCCAAUGACGAGCCGCGUGGAUCUUGAUCGACUGUCCUUAUUCUCCAAAGAAAGUCCAGAUACACAAUCGCAAGAAGCUGCAGUCGAAUCAAACGACAAAGCGUCUGCCGCUGUCCUGCAAUCCGAGACACCCAAAAGACGCCCAAGCGUGGAAGAUAUUCGGGAAGCGGACCAUCUCGCAGAGGAUGUUGUCAGACAAGACAAGAAUGAUCCGUCACCCGAUGAGGAGCAGAUGCAUGGUCUGCGGGCCUUGUUCGAGAGAUUUUGGAUUAGGAUUCGGCAUCUCGGGUCUGGUACUCAUUGAAUGUAGGAUGAUGCCGUAAGAGGAGC